AUGCCCAAAGACGAGACUUUCCCAGGUGUAGUUUUGAGGCUGUCUGAACAUCUAGCCAUGAACCAAGUCGUGGAAGGCGGCCAUUUGCCACUGGAGGAGUGGUUUUGGGAAAUGCCUGUCUGCACCCGUUGGUGGACAGCAGCGACAGUGUUAACGAGCGCUCUUGUUCAAUGUCAUAUUGUCACGCCUUUUCAACUGUUUUACAGUUUCCGAGCUGUCUUCAUCAAGUCACAGUACUGGCGGCUCCUCACCACGUUUUUCUAUUUUGGGCCUUUCUCGCUUGAUUUACUUUUUCACAUUUAUUUUCUUCAGAGAUACUCCCGUCUACUGGAAGAGUCAUCCGGUAGAUCGCCAGCCCAGUUCUCUUGGCUGCUGUUCUACGCCAUGGCCAGCCUAAUAAUCUUAUCGCCCUUGGUCUCGAUGCCUUUCCUCGGACAACCUCUUUCGUCGACACUUGUAUAUAUCUGGUCUCGGCGGAACCCAGACACACGGCUUAGCUUUCUGGGGUUGCUCGUCUUCACUGCACCAUAUUUGCCCUGGGUACUCAUGACCUUCAGCCUGUUCAUGCAUGGUUCCGUUCCGAGAGAUGAGAUUAUGGGCGUGGUGAUUGGCCAUGUUUGGUACUUUUUUAAUGACGUGUACCCGCCUCUUUAUAACGGAUCCCGACCCCUCGACGCACCUUCCUGGUGGAGACGUCUAUUCAACGGUCAGGUUUCAGAAGAGUCCAGAGACGGCUUCAACAACGACUUGAUUCCUGCUGGAGGAGGACGAGAUCGUGGGGCACCGCAUGUCUUGUAG